UAUUGACAGAGCUUGGAGCGGGGAGGGUGCUCAGGGAAACAGGGUGGGGGCGGGGGGUCACCGCCAAGCGACAGGCACGGCGGCGGAGGCAGUAGUGAGCGGAGCCCAGCGGCAGCUCCAGGAGAGACAGCGCGGAGUUGUCUUCUCCAUGGGGAGCAGCAGCCUGUGGCGGAGGUGACCUCUGGCUCCCAGCCUCGGAGGGACCCAGUGGCUAGAGUAGCGGUCGCUGCAGGCGGGGCUGGAAGGUCCUGGCGGCGGCAGGAAAGCUCUACAGACAGGAUGCACAGCGGGGCCGGUGGUCGGCAGCUCCUGUUCCUGUGCUUCUGAAGGGGUGAUGGUACCAUUCGCUCCUCAGGAGGAGCCCUGGGAUCAAGACAUGGAGGUGUUUGGUGGCGGCGCGAACAGCUGCGAGGUAAAUAAUCUUAAAAUGGUUGAUGAGCCAAUGGAAGAGGGAGAAGCAGAUUCUUGCCAAGAUGAAGGAGUUAAAGAAAUUCCUAUUACACAUCAUGUUAAGGAAGGAUAUGAGAAAGCAGACCCUGCACAGUUUGAGUUGCUCAAGGUUCUUGGUCAGGGAUCCUUUGGAAAGGUUUUUCUUGUUAGAAAGAAGACGGGCCCUGAUGCUGGGCAACUCUAUGCAAUGAAGGUGUUAAAAAAAGCUUCUUUGAAAGUUCGAGACAGAGUUCGCACAAAGAUGGAGAGGGAUAUACUGGUGGAAGUAAAUCAUCCAUUUAUUGUCAAGUUGCAUUAUGCCUUUCAGACUGAAGGGAAGCUGUAUUUAAUACUGGAUUUUCUCAGAGGAGGAGAUGUCUUCACAAGAUUAUCCAAAGAGGUUCUGUUUACAGAGGAAGAUGUGAAAUUCUACCUUGCAGAACUAGCCCUUGCUUUGGAUCAUCUGCACCGAUUAGGAAUUGUGUAUAGAGACCUGAAGCCAGAAAACAUUUUGCUUGAUGAAAUAGGACAUAUCAAGUUAACAGGGAAUUUUGGACCAGUACACUUUAAAGAUUUUGGACUCAGCAAAGAAUCAGUAGAUCAAGAAAAAAAGGCCUACUCAUUUUGUGGUACGGUGGAAUAUAUGGCUCCUGAAGUAGUAAAUAGGAGAGGUCAUUCCCAGAGUGCUGAUUGGUGGUCAUAUGGUGUACUUAUGUUUGAAAUGCUUACUGGUACACUGCCAUUUCAAGGUAAAGACAGAAAUGAGACCAUGAAUAUGAUAUUAAAAGCAAAACUUGGAAUGCCUCAGUUUCUUAGUGCUGAAGCACAAAGUCUUCUAAGGAUGUUAUUCAAAAGGAAUCCAGCAAAUAGAUUGGGUUCAGAAGGAGUUGAGGAAAUCAAAAGACAUCAUUUUUUUGCAAAUAUUGACUGGAAUAAAUUAUAUAAAAGAGAAGUUCAACCUCCUUUCAAACCUGCUUCUGGAAAACCAGAUGAUACUUUUUGUUUUGAUCCUGAAUUUACUACAAAAACACCCAAAGAUUCUCCUGGUUUGCCAGCCAGUGCUAAUGCUCAUCAACUCUUCAAAGGAUUCAGCUUUGUUUCAACUUCUAUUGCAGAAGAAUAUAAAAUCACCCCUAUCACAAGUGCAGAUGUAUUACCAAUUGUUCAGAUAAAUGGAAAUGCUGCACAAUUUGGUGAGGUAUAUGAGUUGAAAGAAGAUAUUGGUGUUGGCUCCUAUUCUGUUUGCAAACGAUGCAUACAUACAGUUACCAAGAUGGAAUUUGCAGUGAAGGUUAUUGACAAAAGUAAGAGAGACCCCUCAGAAGAAAUUGAAAUUUUGAUGCGCUAUGGACAACACCCAAACAUUAUCACAUUAAAAGAUGUUUAUGAUGAUGGUAGAUAUGUUUACCUUGUUACGGAUUUGAUGAAAGGAGGAGAACUACUUGACCGUAUUCUCAAACAAAAAUGUUUCUCGGAACGGGAAGCUAGUGAUGUACUGUUUGUGAUAACUAAAACAGUUGACUACCUUCAUUGUCAAGGAGUUGUUCAUCGUGAUCUUAAACCUAGUAAUAUUUUAUACAUGGAUGAAUCAGCCAAUGCAGACUCCAUUCGGAUCUGUGAUUUUGGGUUUGCAAAGCAACUUCGAGGAGAAAAUGGGCUUCUCUUAACUCCAUGCUACACUGCAAAUUUUGUAGCACCUGAGGUUCUUAUGCAACAGGGCUACGAUGCUGCUUGUGAUAUUUGGAGUCUAGGAGUCCUUUUUUACACAAUGUUGGCUGGCUAUACUCCGUUUGCUAAUGGCCCCAAUGAUACUCCUGAAGAGAUACUGCUACGUAUAGGCAAUGGAAAGCUCUCUUUGAGUGGUGGAAACUGGGACAAUAUUUCAGAUGGAGCAAAGGAUUUGCUUUCCCAUAUGCUACAUAUGGACCCACAUCAGCGGUACACUACAGAACAAGUAUUAAAACACUCAUGGAUAACCCAGAGAGACCAGCUGCCAAAUGAUCAGCCAAAUAGAAAUGGUACAUCAUAUGUCAUUAAGGGAGCAGUGGUUGCCACAUAUUCAGCACUGACUCACAAGACCUUCCAACCAGUCCUAGAGCCUGUUGCUGCCUCAAGCUUAGCUCAGCGACGGAGCAUGAAAAAGAGGACUUCAACUGGCUUGUAAGAUUUCCAGUGUUCCUCUGCCAAACUGGAUGAAGAGAAAAGGCAAAUGUGUAGCUUUUGCCUAAUCUUAUAUCAAAGGCAUUGUUUUCUGCUGCAUUACUUGAAUAUUCUGUUUAAGUCUUCUUAUUUAGGGGCAAAGAAAUUAAAAAAAUAAACAUACACGGGUCCACAAUACUCACAAUAUGUUGUUUUGCAGUACUGUCCAAGAUUUAUUUAAGUAUAUAAAUGGUAUCUACAAGGUCCUAACAGCUUCUCUGCACACUAACUUCUAAAGUUCCUUUUAAAUAGUUACUUUAGUAGUUUUUCUGGUUUCAUACAAUAAUGGUUUGAUGAAUCAUUACCAAUAAUCAAGAUGCAAAUAUAAUAGUAUAAUGCAAAUCAAUUUCAGUAUUUUUUGACAUAAGAUCCUGAAGGAUAGGCCUUUUUUAUUAAAAAAAAAGAACAAAUUGAAAGUGAUUUGUAGGAGAUCAUUAUUGUGUACAACCAAAGGGCUCCAUUCAUUUGGUAGUAACUCCACUCUGUAAUUACUAAAAUGUAGAUACAGUAGUUUGAUGCCAGAGCAAAAUUUAUUUAUGCUAAUAUGUGAACGCCUGAUAUGGUUGGUGCCAAAGUUUUUACAGAAGAAUUAAAUCACAGAUAAUGUGUGCAUUCAGGCCUAUAGAUUAUCCAUAAGUGGCUUCAUCUAUAAUAAUAAAAGCAUAAUAUGCUAAUUAGACCAGACAUCCUUCGGGAUGAAGCCAGGACUGCGAGGGAAGCCCGGGUCCCGGGUGCCAGAGGGAAGCUGGUGCCAGCAGCCCGGGGAAGGAAGGCCUACUCUUGCAUGAAUUUCGUGCAUCGGGUCUCUAGUCUAGAAAUAAAGGUUUCCAAAAGGCUUCUGUAAAGUUCACUUCUGAUGGAAUUGUACUACAAAAGAAGAAUUUUUAGCCAAAGGCUUUGUAUUGGUGUUGUGAACUAAGCCUUUGAAAAUAAAGUACAUGGUGUUCAUACUACCUUGGUUUUAUGUAAGUUGACUUUCAAGUAAACCAAUUGGAUUUAGCCAUCAUGUGCCGCCCCCCACUCCCGCCUUAUCAUGAAUUGCACUGUUGUUUUUUGGACUUCCAUGUGCUUUUAAUUACAGUGUAUCAUAGUAGUAUACCUUGAAUUCUAUGGAAUAUAGUUGAAAUUUUACUGUAGUGAACUUGUGAGCUUAGCACAGAUGAUAUAGUAUAGUGCAUAUCAGUAAAUUUUAGACAAUGCUUCAUAAUAGCUAUACUUCAAGAAGAUAAACUGGCAUUUUAAAUAGGAAGUAAUAUGAAUGAUCUGCAUAAAAUUUGAACACAUUUUAAAUUUAUGAAAGAAAUCUAGCCAAAUUGGUCUGGUCUUAUUAAAUUUUAUGAUUCAGAAUCACUGUGUAUUAAGUAUUGUUUUCUCUAAAUGAUACAAUUUUAAAGAGUCUUUUUGUGUUGUUGAAUAAAAUACUACUACUACUACUACUGAUAGAAAGAACACAUGAAUGUAAACUGGAGGAUAUUACAGUUUUGUUUUAUGAAUAUAAGUGAACUACUUGUGUAUGCUAGGUGUACUGUUUGCUGUGUAUUUUAUUUUGCUUAGUUCAGAGAGAGAGUUGACUUCUAAUUGCUGAAGUAUAUAAAUUAACCUAGGAGACAUAACUUUGGUAUUUAAUAAAAGAAACUAUACAUAUUAUCUUUACAAUGUGAUAUAUAUUCCAUGCACAAAGAUGUUUCUUGGGUGUGGCGUAUAAAAGUAUGUAUAUUUUGAGGUGUCUUUUUCCAAUAAUUGAAAGACAUUAAAGAACAUCUAAUAUCACAUGGGAAAUAGUGCUUAGAAAUAGACUGGUAUCACAUCUUGUAGACUUUUGUGCUCUAAUUUGUUUUUUUUUUCUUUCCUUGUUUUGCUUUAUUACUAGAAGCAAUUGUAUGUGACAAUUUGUGUCCAUAUAUUCAGACUUAUUUUCCUAUUGCCAUUUUGUUCUUUGUGCUUGUAUGCCUUCCUAUCAAAACUGAUAGGACAAACUCAGAGAUAUGAUUUUCAUGAUGAACUUUUGAGAGCAGAGAUAUUAUUUCCAUGUCUACUUUUCUAGUAUAAAAUUAGGAUAAGUGAAAUUGGAAAAUGAAAAGUAAUAAAACAAUAACUUUCAGUCUUUCCAUAAUCAAUCAUUUUUAAAAAGUAGAUGAUCUUAACUAAUUUACCAAUGAAUUUGUACAGAAGGAUCAUGCUGUACAGUUUUUUUAUUAAAGGAACACAAUCAAAAUUAAGCAGUGAACAGCAUGAUUCCUCAUCAUUCAUUGAGGAUUGACAAUGUGUAAAAAAUACAGAUAUGCUAGUGGAUUUUUUCUAUAAUUCUGCAAGAGUUUUUUUUGCUGGAAAAUUCAAACAUGGUAGCUUAAUAGUAGUAGGGAGCAACCUUAUAAGGGAAAGCUUCAAACUAUAGCCUCAUUUUGUAGAAGGAACCCAGUUAAGGAUGCCUAAUCAUGUGUCCAUUUGGCUAGAACUCUAAAGCAACAAAUGCAGAUGGGAAUGGGACAUUUUUAAUGGGGCUUCUAUAAGUGCUUAAGCAGUAAAACAUAUUUUUAUAAAACUUUACAGUACUGUAGUUUCUAAUGAAUUCAUGAACAAUGAUUUUGCAUUGCUUUUCUUUCUAGUUGAUGCUUCUUGGUAGUAUUUAAUGAUAGCACAGUUUGGGAUUGUUAUUGUUAUCUGGAAGGGAGAGAACAUUUUUUUUCUCAAAGGGAAAACACCAAUUUUACCAAGAUAGACUAACUAUAUAAUGUCCUAAAGCACAUAGUAUGAAUAAACUCAGGAAACCAAUUGCAAGAAAAUUAAAAUAGUAGUGCUAGAGAUGGUGAUUUUGUGGGGAAAUAAAGAUUUCAGUUCUUUUAUGAAAAAUGAACUUUAACGUAUUUUGUUAGACCCAGUAGUACCUAAACUGAUUUUUAUAAUUUCUUGCCUUUGGUAAUUAAACAUAGUAAAACAUUUUUAUAUUAUCUUUGGUUAGCCCAAAGGGAUUUCAUAUGUGUAAUCGACCCACAAACUUAAGAACAGAUGCUUAGUGUUUAUUAAAGCAUCGUGCUGAAAUACAGAAAACAAAACAAAACAAAACAAAAAACCAUCAUGCUGAAAUAGUGCUGACCACUUAUAAACUUAUUUAUAUUGAUUGAAUAGUAUUUUCCUGACAAUAAGAGACCCUUCAUAUCUGAAGAAGAAGAACCACUUACCUUGGCCCUAAGGUUAACUAGAAAACUGAGGCUUUAUAUUAGGCAAAGUAUGUCUUUGGCAUUCUCUACAUUUUCUUUCUCUAGCCUUCCAGCCCCUGCGUGCUAUCUUAUUUGAUUACCUCACAGAGGACUCCAUGAUUAAAUUAUUUCUAAAAGAUUUUGUGCCCCAAAAUGACCUCAUGCCCUUCUCCUUACUCAAAUCAGAACUUCCAUUACCACAGAGCAGCUAUUUUCAUUGAAUUAAUUCACAUUUUUCUGUCAGUGGUUAGUGGAUAAUUGGCAUUUUUCAAGAAAGAUGUCCAUUAAUCAAAUGAGUUUCUACUUGCUGGAUUUUUAAGCAAUUGAACCAGAUGAGAAUAAUUUAAAAUUCAGUUAUUAUCAGGGAAGAUAUUUUUGGGCAAGGAAUUUACUCAGUAUGCCGCAAGGCCAGAUUAUCAUAUAAUUUUCUUCCUUUCCACUUCUCAACUUACAUUUUCUUUUAAAACCUUCCAUGCUUUUUAAUAACAAUGAAAUUUACAAUGAACUUUUGUGACAGAAUGGUAUGGAGGGAAGCAGUUGUUGUCAAGCCCAUAUUUAUCUGUAGUCUUGUUUCUCAUAGUAUGUGAUCUAUAAUAUAAUGAGUCUCCUCCUGCUCCCAGGCUCCUAUUCUUAUUGUAUUUAUAGAGAAAAAAAAAGAGAGCACAGAAAGGAUGAAGGCAAACUGUCAGUGGGGUCAAAAUAUCUGGAUCCUUUGUCUAGAUUUCAGCACACAGAGAUCCUAUUAACAUAACGUUAUGUCUGAACAACAAUGCAAGGCAUAUUAAGUAUCGAUUGGUCAAUUGCAAUUAAAUUUUUAGAACAAUUUCUUACAUUUAUCAGCUUAUUCAGGUAAUUCUGGCAUGUAUCUCAAAAUGAAUGAUUGCUGAAAUUAAUAGAACAAUCCAGAAGUGUGUUUUCUGCAUCCCUACGCAAGGCUGCAGUGGCAUUGAUAGUAAUUAUUCACAAAUACAUUUUACUCAUGGAUUCAAUAUUCCUUGGUUUACUCUUACAAUAUAGUGAAGUCCAACAUAUGAUUUUAAUAAAAUGAUAAUGCUUGAUCACUUAAAAUUCAAGUUGGUUGCUAAUAGUUGAAGGUAUAAUCACUCUUAAAUAAUUGGUAUUAGUUUCUUUGAACUAUGAAGAGAAACAGAAAGUAAAAGUAUUUUUAGAAGACAGAUAUUCAACCUUGCUUAGUUAUAUUGUAAUGCACAAAGUAUGUACUUUUUAGUUUGUUGACCAACAAGAAAUCUUUGCUAAAUGCAUAUAUAUAUAUAUAUAUAUAUAUAUAUAUAUAUAUAUAUAUGAUUGCCCCAAAUUAGGAUUUGCUUUAUAUUCACAUUUCUAAACCUUGGACAAUAGAGUGUCUGUUUUGCUUUCAUUCUAUUUGUCUAAUUGUAUAAAUUAAUCUACUCUUCAAAAGGUAUUUAUUAAGCAUAUAAUUUUAUAUGGGACAGCUCUAGAGAAUGUACUAAGUGCUUUAGUUUCUUAAUAAAUUGUCAUAAUGUGACCAAUUAGAUUUAUUUGCUUUUUUUGUAUUAACUAAUAUUGCUCAGGUCACAUUUGAGUUUUCAAACUCACUCUCUCUGAAAUUGAGACAAUGUGUAGCAAAAAAUAAGUUUGUGUUUUAAUACGAUAACAAGAAAUUCAACAUCACAAAAGCAUUCUAAUGAUAAAUAUUCAUUCUUAAAGUUAUAUAAGAAAGCCUAAUUAAAUAUUGAAAUGCCAGCAUGGUUUGGAAAUGAAAAUUUAUCUUGCAUUAAAUUCUACAGUACAAAAAAGGAGAAUGAGGUGUUUCUGUGUUUAAUUUUUUUAAAAACCGUAUGUAGUGUUUGUUAACAUCGUGUUUAUGCAGAGUGACUAUUUUGCUGUAGCCACCACUUAAAAACAAACAAAAAACAUGAUCUUGCCAACACUUCCCAAGCACUUUGGAAUUCCUAUACUUAUUUUCUGAUAUAGAAAAUAUGAUAUUCACUGGCAUUUCAUUGAAAUUCUUAAAACAGAAAUGGCAUUAAUUAGAAGUUAUGUGUAAAUUUGAUUCACAUGUACUUAAAAUCUUUAAUGCGGAUAUUGAAAGAGGUGGUCACCAAUGUUCAAACAACUGUAUUUUCUUUUUCUGACUACAUUAUGGAGUUUAUACCAUUAUUUAUCUUAUAAGUGUUUUUUAAAGCCUUGCUCCUUUUGACAUGAAAGUUUUUAUUGUACUACUUUUUUCAUGUAAAACCCAAUCCAAUAGUGCAUUUUAUAGUGUGUGUGUUUUUUUCCCCUCACAGUGCUGCUAAAGAAAUGGCUAUCAUCUUGAAUUUACAACAUGCCAAAGAUGACAUAGAAUUUAUAUUUAUUUUUUUGUUAAAACUCUGUGGGCAACAUUUAUCAAUAUAUCAUGUUAAAUUACUGGCAUUUUCUGGGUACUAAAUAAAAAGGCUGCAACUU